CUCAGAGCGCACACAUGUAUUUACCAGAGUGACUGGAGGAUGUUUGGAUUAUAGUACACAUCUUUAUCCGCAGCAGAACGAUCUAGCGGCAAAGAAAACGACGAGUGUGGAUAUACGAGGGUCUUCUUGUUUUGAAUUCUACAGGUAAUAUAUUAAUGAAUAUUUAAUGGCUUGGAAAUGGAGAUAGCUUUGGUGAGCUUUGACAAGCGGGGUGAUGGAGGCAGUGAUGGAGAACCCUACCAAAACCAAAACUCGUUGGAUCAUCCUCGCUUGGUCCACAAUAAAGAACUAUACUCGAGAAGUCCACAACAGAGCUCAUGGAAAAUGAACGACAUGAACAACACAAUGAUGGGCUCCACUGAGAAUACGGUGGAUUAUUACAGUCCCCAUUUGUUUGAUGAGGACAUUCUGGACAUGGAUAUGGACCAUGAAAACAACGAACGAGUUCUUAUCAAUAUCGCCGGACUGAGGUUCGAGACACAGUUGGGCACUCUGAACCAAUUUCCCGACACUUUGCUGGGAGACCCGGACAAGAGAAUAAAGUAUUUUGACCCCCUUAGGAACGAGUAUUUCUUUGAUCGCAACAGACCGAGUUUUGACGGAAUUCUUUAUUUCUAUCAGUCCGGCGGGAAAAUCCGACGACCUGUUAACGUGUCGAUCGAUGUGUUUGCCGACGAAAUCCGCUUUUAUCAGCUGGGAGAAGAAGCAAUGGACCGUUUCCGCGAGGAUGAGGGCUUUAUCAAAGAAGAAGAGAAACCAUUGCCACAGAAUGAGUUUCAAAAACAGGUAUGGCUCAUCUUUGAGUACCCUGAAAGCUCUAGUCCUGCACGAGGCAUAGCUAUUGUCUCCGUCAUCGUCAUAACCAUCUCCAUCAUAACUUUCUGUUUGGAAACUUUACCCGAGUUUCGCGACGAGCGAGAGCUUCCAGUGACUAGUCGCGCUAUCAAUGGUACUCAAGAGCGUCCAUCGCUCACCUUUAGCGACCCGUUCUUCAUCAUUGAAACAACCUGCGUGAUUUGGUUUACCUUUGAGCUCUUUGUGCGCUUCUUCGCCUGUCCUAGUAAGUCUGAAUUCUCCAAAACCAUCAUGAACAUCAUUGAUAUCAUGUCCAUCAUGCCUUAUUUUAUCACCUUGGGCACAGAGCUGGUGGAGCAGCAGGGUCAGGAGCACAAUAAUGGCCAGCAGGCCAUGUCACUGGCCAUACUGAGGGUCAUUCGUCUAGUUCGGGUAUUUCGCAUUUUUAAGCUCUCUAGACACUCCAAGGGGCUUCAGAUCUUGGGUCAGACUCUAAAAGCCAGCAUGCGAGAGCUGGGCCUCUUGAUCUUCUUUCUUUUCAUUGGUGUCAUAUUAUUCUCCAGUGCUGUUUACUUCGCUGAGGCAGAUGAACCUGAGUCUCACUUCUCCAGCAUCCCAGAUGCCUUCUGGUGGGCUGUGGUGACCAUGACAACAGUUGGGUAUGGUGACAUGAGACCAGUGACUGUGGGGGGCAAAAUUGUGGGCUCUCUGUGUGCCAUCGCAGGGGUGUUGACCAUUGCAUUACCGGUGCCUGUCAUUGUGUCUAACUUCAACUAUUUCUACCACAGAGAAACUGACCAAGAGCAGGCGUCUCUUAGAGAAGAGCCUAAUAAUGGUGGCCCUUCAAACCCAUGUGAUGAACUUCAUGGGUUGAGGAAAUCAUCAACCUCUAACUCAAAAGAUGGAGAACACAAUGAAGAUACAAACAUUCCUAUUGAGAAGACUAACAUGAAAGCGAACAGCAGAAUGGAUAUUAAACGCUCCCUUUAUACGUUUUGCUUGGACACCAGAGAAACUGACCUCUAGUUCGUCCAUCUCUAUCCCAUUGCACUACCGGUGCCCAUCACUGUUUCCGUCUUCAACUAUUUCUAUCUCAGGGAGACUGACCAGGAGUAGGCAUCUUUCAGAGAAGAGCAUAGUGGUGGCCCUUCCAGUCCAUGUGACGAACUUAAUGUGUUGAAGAAAUCUUCAAACGCAAGAGUUGGAGACCACAUUGAGGAGGAAAACUUGUUUAAGAAGACCAACAUUAUAUUAAAUGUUCUCAAGAAACAGAAACUUAUAGUCAGUCCAUAUCCACCAUGCUAAGUUAAUGCACCCAGGUUCUGUAUAAUCUAAGGAUCAUCGCACUGUUAAAAUCCUGGAAAGUUGCGGUUAUUUUUUUAAAGCACAUUUUAAUCUGUUAAUCUCUUGGGCAUCAGCAGCUUUUAAGCAUUACUUUUAUAAUUUCAUAUUCAGUAACACACAAAAUGAUGAAAACAAUUAAGAACAACUGUGAUGCUUUGAUCACAGGCCUUAACUCUUUUACGACCUCAUCUGUUUACUGUUGUUACUGCUGUCAUAUUUGCCCAAAUAAAAAGCCAAAAUAGGUUUUCUUCUUUCAAAACAUACUAUUUAAAAACUCAUGUACAUAUUUUUGUAAAAUAAUUGUUUGGUCUUUACGGUCUCGAUCAAUACCACUUUCAUAGUUAGUCUAAAAUACUGUUUAUGUGUCGUUUGUGGCUAUCAGUAUUUUAAAAUUUAUUUAUAGCAAUAUUUUUUUCACUCUCAAAGUUAUCAAUCAAUGGCGUAUGAAAUCUAGGAAGCACUUCAAAGAAAAGGACAACUUUAAGUUAUUUUGCUUCCGAAUUCACAACGAUAAAGCCUUGUUGACUUACAGAGCAAAUCACAUCACAGAGCUUUGCUGAAAAAUGGAUUCAAACAAAAAUGACUGUGUAAAGGACAAGGAAACCUCAACAAAUGACUGAACCCUGAUGAUCUACUGAAACUUGAGGAGGAGAACUUGAAGACAAUCCAGUGAUCCAUUUUCAUAUAAGAUCCCAGAAGAGGAGCCAUAAUCAUGACAACAGAUUCUUCAAGACCUUCUAAAAACCUCUGCAGAAACCUGUGCCUUUGAUCAAACCCUGUGAAUCAAUCGUUUUUGUAUGGGACCAGCAUAUGAUAACUGAUACUGCACUUCUGACAGACACCUUUUAUGGACUGAACAGGUGACAUGUGGUUUUUUAAGCCAUGAUGUUCAACAAAUCCGUGUAGAAGAAAAACUGUCUAACUCUGUGCAAUAUUAGUCUGUUUUAAAGUGAAGUUUAUGUCUAAGUAGAUUUUGAAUGACUAUGUUCUUUUGGUUUAUUUUUGUAAAGCUUUUCCUGAUGUAUAUUUUUCUAAAACAAUAUUAUUCUCCUACAGAAGAGAUACUAUGAACAUGAGAGAAAACAUUGUUAGGCAAAGAAAAUGCCUCCUUUUUUAGACAGAAAAGCCAUAGUACCUCUCAUUGACAACAGUGAUGAUGUUUAGAAUGGCAUUUGCUGAAAUUCGGUGUCAUCCUUAAAUAUGUGUGUCGUAUAAUUUUAUUUGCUGUAUAUCUGAGUGAUUCUAUAAUUUAAUAACACAAAUAAUAAAAUAAGAAAUAAAUAUUUAUAUAACUAUUUUUUUAAAAAGUAUAUAAAUGAAUAAUUUAAUUUUGGAUUUUCUUCAAAACAUAUUUUUUUCCCGAAAGGAGAAGAACAUGUUUUGAUAUUUAGAUCCAGUGUUUAUUUAUUUAUAAAAAUAAUAUGAUUUGGAUCAUUAUGAUCAUUAUUACCAUGUUUAAAUUCAACAGCUAUUUUUGCUUUUCUCAGUGUGUGCUUUUUCAAACAAUAUGUUUGGGGUUCAAAAUGCACAUGUGAUGAAAUUUCUCUCUGACUACGUAAAGAAACAGGAAAAAAUGCAAUAUUAUACUAUACUAAGAAAGUUAAAUAUUUUACUUCCUGCUUGUUCACAAAAGUUGUGUCUGAGGCACUAGCCAUGCAAGGCCUAACGCUGAAGUUACAUGAUAAAGACAAUUAUGUUACCCAGUAUAUUAAUCAUAGGCAUAGGUCACUAUAUAUUUUGUCAUUCAGUGUUGCUGAACAAAAAAAUAACUUUAAGCUACAAAUGAAAUAAUGUUCAGUUGUGUCAACUGUGUUGCUAAUGUCAAUUAUGUGACCCUUACUGUCAACUGUUACCUUUUACCUACAAUGUUUUUUUAAGAUAUAUAUAUAUAUAUAUAUAUAUAUAUAUAUAUAUAUUUUUUUUUUUUAUUUUUUUUUUUCAAUUACUUAAAUGCUGCUUCCGACAUGCUAAAAAAGUGCAUUUUACAUUCCCACAGGUAGGACGUUUGCAUAACAAUCUCAAAAGUAUGAAAAUUAAAUACCACACUUUCAUCUGCAAAAAAACAAACAAACAUCAAAUUCAUCAACGUCUUAAAAGCUUUUAAGUGGACUUUGAAAGUGUUGUCAAAUACAGUAUAAAAAGCACUUCUUUACUGCAUAUCUGCAUUGAUGUCUCUGUAAGAGAAAAGUACUGAGGCUUUGAAAUACAUUAUGGAUUAUUUCUGAAUGCUUGAUUACUUGUAGUAGAGAACACUUGUGUCCUUUUAAGCUGAUGUCUUUGUACCGGCUGGCCUGGAUGUGGCUACAUAAGGAUAUGUAAUUUGUUGCGAGUCUAACAGCAUCUAACAGAAGUUUAUCUAGGAUGCUUGAAGUUAUUUUCUCCUCCUUUUCUGAUGUCCAUGUUAUGACACAUAUGUACAAUAUUUCCAAUAUUAAACCACCUUGACGACUAUCGUAACUAAAUCAUGUUUUUAUUUUUGGACAGGUGAAGUAAAAGGUAGAGACUUAUCUCUUAUAUAGUGUGAUGUGAAUAACUUGCACUAUGUGUGACUGGCAAAGAAAAAAAAAAUCAAAAUUUAUGGAGAGUACAUUUUCUUAAUUCAACCAUUAUUGGCAAACAGUUUACUUUGGACUUUGGCUACAGUAUCACAUUAACACAUAAGAAUUUAUUAUUUAUUGUUGGGUUAAAAAAGCUUCUCAAUACAUGUACGGGUAUAAAAUUGUACUGUAAUCAUGUCGAUAUAAACAGUGAUUUAUUUGUUACUUUAGACACUUCUAAAUCAAGUGUUGCUUAUUUUCUGUUAUGAGAAAGAAAUAUCACAUUGAGCUAUAGUUUAAAAUGUUAUAUUUGUUACUGUCCUAAAGAAUAUAGUCAAGCAUUUUAAAGCAAUUUUACCCAUUUUGAAGCAAUAGCCAACAAAAAGGCAAUUUUAAGGAUAUCAACUGAAUUGCUAAAAAUAAAUUAAUUCAAUCUGAGAUGAACAAAGGAAUGCUAGCACAAGUGCCAAAUCCCACAAAAAGUAAGGAUUCCAAGCAGGCUUCAGACUGCAUGCACCCUUCAGAAAACUGCAGACAACACUUGAGAUAGAAGAAGAUAAGGGGGAUCUAGAUAGAAGAAGAUCCCCCAAUAGGACAUGAUAUGCCGAAAAAGCAGCAAUGUACACUUUCAAUGUGGAAGCCACCAGUAAUUUAAGUCACUCGGAAUGUCACAUGUUGCUGGAUCGAUCCCAUGUACCCCACACCGUGUAGUAAAAAAUUCUAAUGCGUAACAUAGAUCUGUCAAGCUCCCAAUACGAAACAUAGAUCUGUCUGAGUAGCGGAUGCUGCCCUCUAGCUUAGAAAAGACGUCCUUUCUGGGGGUACAUUUUGGUAACAAAAGAAAAAAUUGGUCUGGCUUGCCAUCACAGUGCCACGAGUAGCACCCUGUGCUUGCAAGGGAAGAUCCUGUUCAAUAUCUCCCAUAACAGAGGAAGAAGUGCACUAUAUCUGGAUGAAGCCUCUAUUCUCCUGAAAGUAAUUCCCCUGGAAAGAGAUUUUAAACUUUUAGUAACUUACAGCAAUACACAGCACUCUGGUUUCACUUAAUUAGAAAUAUAUAUAAUGUACAAACCAUUGUUAAUCAUUUUAGGUCUACAUGUUUUCAUAAAAUAUUGACAUACAGAAACUUAACUGAAUUUAACUAAUUAUUAUUUUGGAUAAUAAUAAUGUAUUGUGCAGUACAUUGUCAUUUCAUAUGUGUGUUACAGUUGAGGUCAAAAGUUUACAUACACCUUGCAGAAGAAUCAUGUGUAUGCAAACUUUUGAACGUGGUCAUUUUUAUAAAUUCAACUAUUAUUUUCUCUUGUGGACUAUAUGGAAUCUUUUAUGUGAAAUAUCUUAUUCAGGUAAUUACUAAAUUUAAAAAAAAAUAGCAUGUGGUUUGUAUGAUCCCUUAUUUUGAUAAAAUAAUUAGCAUUUUGCAGAUUCUGCAAGGUGUAUACAUACUUUUGACCUCAACUGUAUGUUUAUAAAGCUUUAUGAUGAAAAUCAUAUAUUCUAUUGUAUAACUGCAA